UAGCCCUUUGGCGAACUCGAAGGAUGCAGCUCCCAGGCGGGAGCACGAGGAUUCCGCCCGCGAGAGCACCGGCCACGUUUCUCGUGACCAUCAACGGGAGUAACAUCGUAUCGACUGCGACGACGAAUAAGUGUAACGAGAACGGCGGACCCGGUACCACGAAGAACGACAGCCUAAGGAAUUUAAGGAAGGACGAGAGCACUGGAAACGAUCCCGAGGACGUGUCGCGUUUCCAGAAGAGAAGCUGCCAUCCCGAGACGACGAAGACGAGCCGCCGAAACCGAGUUACCGAGAAGCACCAGCUGCUGGCGUCCACCCCGAGGCGGAAACACCGGGGCGAGGAAUAGUGAAAAGAAGUCAGAGGAAAUCCGUGGAACGGCGGCCGAAGAAGAAGAGGAAGGGAAGGCGUGACAAAAGGAGAAGAAGGUGAAGAGGAGGAAGAAGCAGGAGUUCGUCGGGAAGGAGAAGGGUGCCGACGUCGUCGUCGUCGGCGACGGCGGCGGAGGAGAAGGCGAAGUGGAGGAGGAAACGGAAGAGAAGGAGAAGGAGCCGCCGAAGACGAAGAAAGUGGAGUGGGGAGAGUGUUAGCGAUCGGAGUGGGGAAGACGAGGUUGACGGAACAAGGAGAAAAAGCGGCCGCGAUAGGGGAAACGACGAGGGUAGAGUAGAGAAGGAGCGCGGUGAGCCACGAGGGGCUAUUCGUGCGAGCAGGG